CCGGACCCGAAGCGACGCUGCUUUCAACACCGAAACCGGGAAAUUUGGAACUGGAAUAACGAUCCAACCAAUUUCCCUGUUUUCUCUUUACUCUGCAAAGCCCUAAUCCCAGCCAAAUACCAGAAAGCAUACAAACACACACAAAAAGGAAAAAUCCCUAAUUCUCAGAAAUGGACUCACACUUAACCGCACCGAACCGCUCCCGCAGCUCCCAGACCCCAUCCCCAUCUCACUCAGCCUCCGCCUCCGCCACCUCCUCCCUCCACAAGCGAAAAAUCGCGACCGCGGCCUCUGAGGACCACGCGCCCCCUUCCUCGUUCCCUCCGUCUUCCUUCUCCGCCGACACACGCGACGGCGCUUUGACCUCCAAUGACGACCUCGAGAGCAUCUCCGCCCGCGGCGCCGACUCCGAUUCUGAUGCUGACGACUCGGAGGACGCCGUCGUCGACGACGAGGAGGACGACUUUGACCACGACAAUGAUUCCUCUAUCCGCACGUUCACCGCCGCUCGCCUUGAAUCCGGCUCCGGAGGCGGAGGUGGCGGCUCCGGCUCGGCUCGGAACACGAAACUCAAGACUGAGAGUUCCAUGGUUAAGAUUGAGAAUGCUGACGGAGGAAAAGACGGUGGAGCCCCCGGGUCUGGGUCAGCGGGAGCCACGGGUGCUGCCGGGGCAGGUGGUAGCUCAGUGGCGGCAAUUUCAGUGAAGGAAGAUGUUAAGAUAUUUACUGAGAAUAUACAGACUAGUGGAGCUUAUAGUGCUAGAGAAGAAAGCUUGAAAAGAGAGGAGGAAGCGGGAAGACUCAAGUUUGUUUGCUAUUCGAACGAUGGUGUUGAUGAGCAUAUGGUUUGGUUGAUUGGAUUAAAGAAUAUAUUUGGAAGACAAUUACCCAAUAUGCCAAAAGAGUACAUUGUCCGGCUUGUGAUGGACAGAAGUCAUAAGUCUGUGAUGGUUAUCAGACGCAAUCAGGUUGUUGGUGGCAUCACGUAUCGCCCAUACGUCAGCCAAAAGUUCGGGGAAAUAGCUUUUUGUGCAAUCACAGCAGAUGAACAAGUUAAAGGUUAUGGUACCAGACUGAUGAAUCAUUUAAAACAACAUGCGCGUGAUGUUGAUGGACUAACACAUUUUCUGACUUAUGCUGACAAUAAUGCUGUUGGCUAUUUUAUCAAACAGGGUUUUACCAAAGAGAUUCACUUGGAGAAGGAUCGCUGGCAAGGGUAUAUCAAAGACUAUGAUGGAGGGAUCCUUAUGGAAUGUAAAAUUGAUCCAAAGCUGCCGUAUACUGAUUUAUCAACCAUGAUUCAUCGCCAGAGGCAGGCAAUUGAUGAAAAGAUAAGGGACCUCUCAAACUGUCAAAUUGUUUACCCAGGAAUUGAUUUUCAGAAGAAAGAAGCUGGUAUUCCUAAAAAAGUCAUCAAAAUUGAGGAUAUCCCUGGUUUGAAGGAAGCUGGAUGGACUCCUGAUCAAUGGGGCCAUACACGAUUUAGAGCCUUAAUUGUUUCCACAGACAAUGCCACAAAUCAGAAACAUUUAACUGGUUUCAUGCGCUCACUUGUAAAGUCAAUGCAUGACCACGUUGAUUCUUGGCCAUUCAAGGAGCCGGUUGAUGCCCGUGAUGUCCCUGAUUAUUAUGAUAUCAUCAAAGAUCCCGUGGAUCUGAAGACUAUGUCAAAAAGAGUUGAAUCGGAGCAAUAUUAUGUAACACUAGACAUGUUUUUGGCUGAUGCCAAGAGAAUGUUUGCCAACGCGCGCACAUAUAAUGCUCCCGAUACAAUAUACUAUAAAUGUACAAACAGGCUGGAAACGUAUUUCCAGAGCAAAGUUCAUUCAGGUCUCCAAUCUAACACCAAAAUUCAGUAGUGUGAACUCGACUCAGGUCGUACUCUCUGAUGAGAUCGGGAUUCAGUGAUUCAGGCGUUUGCCCCGAUUCAAGAAUAUGCAAACAUUAGUCUUCAUAGUCUCGUCUAUAUUCUGCCGAUCUUACUCUGGGGAAAUGCAGAAAUGUAUGAUGAAUAAUUUAAUAGAUUACUAAUAGGGUUAAGCACAGACAAAAAAUACCUCAUGAUAAUUAAAUUAUUCUGCAUCAGUUAAAAGUGUUAUGGUGAUUGCUAGCUGGUAUGAAUCAGGUAAGUAUAUCAUCAUAUUGUAAUUGAUAUAAUUUGAAUUCCUUGAUUAAUUAUGUAUGUUCCUGAUUA